CUGAAGACAGCCUCCAUUACGAAAGCACAGCCGGCGAAUCAGAGACAGUGGACAGUGAGCAUGGCAGCAGUAUGAGCUGAUGUGCCAAAUAGUACACUCUGAAGGAAAAUAUAUAAAGGCUGUGACAGGAUCUCGAGAGUCCAUCAUACCAAGCUCUGUGAUUCCAAUCAUCAGAAGACAACAAUGACUACAUCGUCAGAGUUCUACCAGCAUAUCGUUGUUACGGGUACACCCUUUGAGAGAGGGUUUUCCCACGGUACUCAGUUGAAGGAGAAGAUCCAGCAACUCGCAAACCACUACAUGACUGAAGCGGAGAUUCCUCCUUGGUCCUGGUGUCAGAAUGUAAUCAACAAUUACUACAUUCCUGCUUUGAAGAAGUACGAUCCUUCUUCGCACGCAGAGAUUGAGGGUAUCUCCAAGGGGUCUGAAACACCACUGGAGCAGAUCUAUCUUAUCAAUGCCAGAUACGACCUCACCAAGUACUUGAACAACAAGUCAAAUCUUUAUGAAGUGAAGGACGAAUCGGAGUGCACCGUUGCUACAGUCAUUGACGAGACAGGUGUCAGAAUUGGCCAAAACUGGGACUUGGACUCCUACGUCUAUGACAACGACCUCUGUGUGAUCUUGGAAGCCCACACUCAACCAGAGGAAAACCUACCAAAAGUGAUAAUUUCACUCGGCGAGGUUGGCCAACUCGGGAGAUCUGGUAUGAACUCAAGAGGUAUGGGGUUGUGUGCAUCAUCUUUGAAUGCAAACAUCGAUAACUUCACCUUCACGAAGGAAACCGAUGGCUUUGUCAACCCACCACCUAUUCCUUUGUCAUUUGCCAGAAGAAAAUACUUGAGCUGUAAGAACUGGGCUAACGGCUUGAAGUACGUUGUUGGUGCACCAAGACAUGUUUCUGGAAAUGUAUUGAUGGCCACAAGGGAAAAGGAGGCUAUUGAUCUUGAACUUGUUCCAGAGAGUUACUUCGUCAUCUACCCAACAUUUGUUGACUCUGAAGGCCGUGAAUGUUUGCCUAACACCAAUGGCCGUGCGUUCAUUUCCCAUUCCAAUCACUUUACCUCUCCUGGCUAUUCACCAUCUUCUGGCCACCUCUAUUGCAGAAACCCAGGUGGGUCAUCUCUUUACAGACAGAGAAGGGUUGCGACUCGCUUGGUCGACUAUAUCAAGUCACAGCCACAGGGCAAAGGUCUCCCUGUGCCAGUGAUCCAAGAUUGUUUCUCUGAUACUGUCUGCUCACCAAAUGCUGUGUCUGAGGUUAAAAACACCAGAUCUGAACCGGAAGGUGAUGAAGUCUUAAUGACAGUUGCAUCUGUUGUCUAUGACCUUACAAAUGGUACAAUGACUGUCUGUAAAGGUCCGCCACACUUGGCCAAAUGGAAGACUUACACAAUUGCAAUGGAAGAUUAGACAGAGA